CUGUUAUGUUUUGCUUAAGUUAAAGAACCCAAAGAUUUUCCGGAUGCCCUUCGCCCGUUUUAGAUCUUUAAACCAAACACAACUCUAAGUUGCUCGAGUUGGCGCAGUUCUUCCCUUCCAGCUGCUUCGGCAUCUCGGGCUUUUUGAAGAACCUCCUCCCGUGGCAAGUACUCGUACACGGCACCGAGCAUUCUACAGCACUACUACCUAGUAUUACUGGUUCAGCUAUUCCACCCAGCAUCGUCUUACCGGCCCCAAGAAAGAGAAGAACUAUCACGGACCCUCAGAGUGCACCGCAAUAUUCACUAUGUGCUACCAGAAGGGCUACAUCUGCGACUCGCCGCUCUGCGAUGAGGUCUACAAGACCUGGAUAGUCGAGUGCUACUGGGUUAAGUUUUCCAACCCAAUACGCGCGCCAGGAGAUUGCCGAAAUGGCCUCAAGAAGGAAUUCUGGAGGAGGUACAGGUGUGUGUAUGACUCGCAUUGCGCAUACCACCAGCGUGUGCUCUGCCGCUCUCCGUCGCCGUAUGAGUGAUGGAUCUCAAGGAUGUCAUACAGGCCGGAGGCAACUUAUCCGAGUCUUGCGGCGCUUUCCAAACGGCUCGGGACAGCGAGGCACACUACAUCUCUCAAGAUUCUGCUCGACGUCAACGGCCAACGCAUUGGCUGAGGCGAGUACACCUACGUCUGCCGUAUCAACAACUCGUCACACAACCCAGCCUUCCCCGACAAAGACAACAGCAACAACCUGCGCUGCAGCGUUGGUGCUAAGCCGGGCGAAAACGUCCAGACCUACGAAGAAGAAAGGCACGGUUGCUUCGUUGAGCCUGUGGAAUGGAUAGCUAAGGGUGUGUUUGGGAAGAAACCUUGGUACAGGCUGGUGAAUAUCAAGUAGGAUUUGGCAGGUUGUGCCCAUAGGUGCGUAGGUUUUGCAUAUAAAUCUUCCUUAUCCGCUCAAAAGGGUCCAAAACUGGUCGCUCUGAGGACAAGAAACCGCC